CGAGCAUAAUAUCGCAGAGACAAGGAAAAAAAAAGGCCUGCACCUCACUUUCUGCUCUUUGUUCAUGGUGCUGUGGGGAAGAGGGAAAUGUACCGCCUGCUGGUGAGGUACCAGCUCCGUCGAAAGAUCAACGCGCGCUAUGGACAGCUCUAUAUGAUCCUCUCUUCCUGCAUUCUUUUUGAUGCUCGAUAUCAUAUCGACAUGAUCGAUAGAUCCACUCUGCCAGUCAAUGGUAACCGUUAUCGCGCCCCAAUUGAGAUCAUUUAGGCUAGGAAUCUUGUGAUAAUGGAAAUAUUUUCGCGGCAUCCUCGCCUCGCGCAUCACCUACACUCUUCCCUCCAUACAACAUGUCAGCCAAGGCAGCAACACCAGAGCUCAAGAAGUACAUGGACAAGCGUGUCUUUGUUCAGCUCAACGGCUCCAGAAAGGUCACAGGAGUUCUUCGGGGAUUUGAUCCCUUCAUGAACUUGGUUUUGGACGAGGCUGUCGAGGAAACUAACCCUGCAGAGAAGUCGUCAAUUGGCAUGGUUGUUCUUCGUGGUAACAGCGUAAUCGUUCUUGAGGCACUAGAAAGGACUGGGAACUAGUAUAACUGGAGCUAAGGGUCGGGAGGGCACUAUGACGCCUUUUUACACACGGACCCAGCAGCAGUAAACGUCAAUUUCAGGUUGAGCCUCAAUUACGACUCUUCAUCAUAUAAUCAGCACAAGCAAAGGAAUAUUUGGUAGAAGGCGAGCCAUGACCAAGGAAUCGUAUCAGCAUCCCCGCUUUUAUUGGACAACAACAGAAUGUCUACUCUCCACCCUGUAACAAUAAACAUCUUUACAAACAACCGAAUCUCAUCUGGUUGUGAUACAAGCUGCUUGUGCGAGGAGCGCAUGCUGGAAGAGAACAUGUGGAGCGGUAUUGUCUUUGGACGGCAGAGCAGGGCAGCUCCUGGACUAGGCAACUAGAAGUGCUGUGCAAAGGCGAUCUAUUGAGACAAAGCCACUUUUGGUCGAGCCGCUCGAUUUUUCAGUACCAUGCUGCAUGCCUUUGCCUCUCUUCAUC